GUGGACAUCUUUUCAUUUCACAGCCUCUCUUUUAUUGUCCUUUCAAGAUGUCCACCAAAUUCAGAGGUGCAAGCACAGUGCUCCCAAUUUGGUCGGAUCUCUUUCUUUCUGCUGAAGCAACAAGAUCAACAACUACCUCUCCGAAGAAUUACAGCUCCCAAACAAAAUGUCUUUAACCAUCGAAUUACACAUCACAACAACAACACAUCUCAACCUCAACCCUCAAACCGCUAUCAGUAAAAGAAGCUACAGCAUCCAAUUUCAGUCCAAAUCUAUAUAUCAUUCAAACCCAUUAACCCCACUUGUUUUGUCUCAUCGCAAAAUGUGUGCUUUACCUUCUUCUUCUUCAAAGGUUUCUUUUACAGUCAAGAGUUCUCUGAUUGAUCCAGAUGGUGGGUCUUUGGUGGAUCUUGUGGUGCCAGAGAGUGAAAGGGCUGCAAAGAUUUCAGAGGCUGAGGCAAUGCCAAAGGUUAAGCUGACCAAGAUUGAUCUUGAGUGGGCUCAUGUGAUUAGUGAAGGUUGGGCCAGUCCUUUGAAGGGGUUCAUGAGAGAGGAUGAGUAUUUGCAGAGUUUGCAUUUCAAUUCCUUAAGAAUGAAAGAUGGGUCUCUGGUGAAUCUGUCACUCCCUAUUGUUUUGUCAGUUGAUGAUGAGGCUAAAGAAAGAAUCGGGGAGUCGAUUGAUGUUGCAUUGAUUGCGCCUAAUGGUGAUUUGGUUGCUAUUCUUCGAAGAACUGAAAUAUACAAGCACAACAAGGAAGAGAGGAUUGCUAGAACAUGGGGGACCACUGCUCCAGGGUUACCUUACGUCGAGGAGGUAAUUACUCCUGCUGGCAAUUGGCUCAUUGGUGGAGAUCUGGAAGUCUUAAAGCCUAUCAAGUAUAAUGAUGGACUUGAUCACUACAGGCUCUCUCCCCACCAACUCCGGAGAGAAUUUGAUCGACGUCAAGCUGAUGCAGUUUUCGCUUUUCAGCUAAGAAAUCCUGUGCAUAAUGGCCAUGCUUUAUUAAUGAAUGAUACACGCAGGAGAUUGUUGGAAUCGGGUUACAAGAAUCCAAUUCUAUUGCUUCAUCCUUUAGGAGGUUUUACUAAGGCUGACGAUGUUCCACUGGAUGUUCGUAUGGAACAACAUAGCAAGGUCCUAGAAGAUGGAAUUCUUGAUCCUGACACUACCAUAGUGGCCAUUUUCCCGUCACCCAUGCAUUAUGCAGGUCCAACUGAAGUGCAAUGGCAUGCAAAGGCAAGGAUAAAUGCGGGCGCUAAUUUUUACAUUGUUGGUCGAGAUCCAGCAGGUAUGGGACAUCCAACAGAGAAAAGGGAUUUAUAUGAUCCUGACCAUGGGAAAAAGGUGCUAAGCAUGGCUCCUGGAUUGGAGAAGUUAAACAUCUUGCCAUUCAGGGUGGCAGCAUAUGACACUAUAGAAAAGAAGAUGGCAUUUUUUGAUCCUUCACGUGCUAAAGAUUUUCUCUUCAUCUCAGGAACCAAGGUGAAAUUAGAUACAUUAAAAAUAAAGGAUAUAUAGAAUGGGGGAUAAAGGGGUAAAAGAGGCACAAAUGGCGAAAUAAACUUUAAACUACCAAUUUGUUUAACAUGUUUGGCAUAAUAGGAGGAGGUUAUUUUAUUUUGAAGAUAGAGAUGAUAUUGUGCUUUUGAGUCAAGUAGUCAGGUCUCCCUUUUUGGCAUGAGCUACUUCUAUGGUGUUAUUUUACUGUUUUUCCAAUGCUGAGGUCAGGUGACAGUUGCAGGGUUGGGUUAUAUCCAGAAAUUAACAUCCAAUGAUCGUAAGUAUUCAGUCAACUCUUCAGUUACAGGGAGUCAAUGUUAUAAAAUGGUUAAAACAGUCACUUCAUGGCAGUGUGAGGCCACUUCUAGAGAAAAAAAUAAAGAAAAAACCAGUGGAGGGAAGGUCCGACUACAGACAUGCAUCUUUGACUGGUUAUGAAGGUUUAGGAUACACUAUCUUGCCUUCCCUUCAGGGUUUGAAGUUUGCCGGUAUGGUACUCUCAAUGUUUUUUUUUUUUUCUUUAGAAUAUUAAAUGAUUUGUGUUUUCUAUUGAAUGAAUUCUUGCUUAGAGGCUGUACUUUUGCAAAUGUUGCCAUAUUCCUGCUUCUUGGUUUGGAAAUGAUUUAAUUGCUUGAAUUCACCAAAUUAUUCUCUCUCUUUUAAGUGAUAUGUGGCCUUGGACCUUUUGACUCUUACCAGAAUUGGUUUUCUGUGAGAAAGAGAGCACUUUGCAUUUUUUGAAAGAAACAUGUAUCGUCAAUGUCAAAGAACUUAUAGUUAGUUAGUCUCAUAAUUUUCUUAUUCAAUUUGGUCGACGUGUAAUACUAUUGCAGAUGCGGACUUUUGCAAGAAAUGGUGAGAACCCUCCUGAUGGUUUUAUGUGUCCUGGGGGAUGGGAAGUUUUGGUCAAAUAUUAUGAAAGCUUGCAGGCUGAAGAAGCUACAGAGAAACCAGCUGUGCUAUCUACUUAACAUUCUGGUAGAGUUGAUAGUAUAUGGAAUCUAGCUGAAGGUGGAAGCUGCAGGAGAAACUAUGAGUUCAUCAUCAUUUGGAAAUUGGGCAUUCCAAAUUGUUGUCUUGUACCUAAGUCGUUUUUUUUCUGUUUCUAGAUUGAACACUAGGCAUGCGAUAUGUUGAUUUAUUGUGAUUUUUUGUCUGAGAAGCUAUCAAACACCAGAUGAAGGAAAGUUUUAUUCUCUUUGCUUAAGAGUGUUCUUUGACUUAUCUUUUAUAUGACUUCAGUAUCGCUUACAUUUGGGCUAACAUG